AUGAAAACGGACAUGUCGGAAGCUGCAAUGAAUAAUAACGAUUCAAAUAACAGUGGUGCUGGCCCACCUCAGCUGGCUGUUGGUCUUUCAUCCAUAAGAGAUGUUAUAACAACAUUGAAACAGCCAGAGCUACCCGUUGAUAUUCUUUUAGUAACGGUUAAGGACUGCGAGUUCUUAGCUUGUUACAAUGAGCUUAAAGAUCCCUUUAGAUGUCAUUUUGAUGAUCUCGGUUAUGUGUACUUCGCGGACGUUGUCGGAAGUCAGCCACAGCGAGUGAAAGUAGCACUAAUGAAAUGUCAUGAAGGCUCUAACGGUCCGGGUGGCUCUCUCACUGCCGUUAGGAGUGCCGCCCCUAUUCUAGGACCCAAGGCCAUGAUAUCUGUUGGGGCAUGCAGUGGUCUCAACCCUGACAAAACCAAGUUAGGAGAUGUCAUUGUAUCAGCCAAGCUAACAACAUAUGCAUCCAAAGUGGUGACAAGCGACCAAGAGCAGUGGGCUGGUAUGAGUAGUCACGUGAGCAGACGGUUUCUUAACAUCAUCACGAAUUGCGCGGAUGGAUGGCAACCACCAUUGAAGAACCCAGAAGAUCGCCACAUCAACGUUCAUAACAAUGGCGAGUUCCUAAGUGGUCCAGAGCAGAUCAGAGCUGAAAGGCGCCGAAAAGAACUUGUCAAUCGCCAUCCCCUUGCAACAGGAGUGGAGAUGGAGGGAGAAGGUGAGUGUGUGUAACAUUAAACAACAGUGUUUGAAUUCUUACACAGGUACAAUGUAUUUCAAUUACCGCAUUGUUAAUGAUGUCACACUUCAAGGCCUCAAGCCUACUUCAAAAGACAGCAAGGUAGCAUGGUUCGUUUUUUUAUGAAAUUACCCGUGUUGCUUUGCGGUCUCUGUGGGAAGGCUUCUUGACGUCUUUCAUUGGUCCAGUAAAGACACGCGCGUACUGGGAGAGAAAAGGAGAGGAGGAGUCAUCUCCCCUUUUGCGUGUUCCUCUCAUCCGCUUUAUAAAAACUAGCCAGAAAAACUAAUCGGCACCUGUCACACAGCUAGGCCGUUUUGAAAGAAUGAAGAAAAUUAAAAUAUUUAUUAUGAACACCUACAUAGCAAGUACUUUAACCCAUUCGCCCCUGAACCGCCCGCAACCGCCCGUGCGGAUCCAGGUCCUUUCUACCCUUUGUGACGUCAUCAGUUUUAACGGUCACCGACAACUUUCUUCGCUAGCUUGUGCAGAGUGAAGAGAUCUUUCAAACCAUACCAGAAUGAGCACAAUUCAGUCAAGGACACCGGAGAAAGAAGCAAAAAACCACGUGACAUUGACCUGAAAAUCUCCAUGAUAAUCUUGUUCCAGUACCCACCUACCUUUCCUUUCACCUAAUCCUAAGAUCCUAAAAGCUUUCCUAAAAACUCUUCCCACCAAAAUGAAGCCUACUAAAUGCCCAUCAAGCGAAAAAAAAAAUGAGGCAAGAAAAGCGAAAAAAGAAGGGAGGAGAGAAAGACAAAAGUAAAAGUCAAGACUGCUGCGCAUGCCCGAACUUCACAAGCUGAUAUUUUGCAUGUGGAUUAGAAGGCCGCGAAGUGUACGACCUGUAAACCGGUUUGUGGUAAGUUUUAGCUCUUUAUAGCACGACAGUGACCAGAAAACCACUCGACUAGCUUCAAAACGCGUUCUUCGGCAAAAUCUCCUGGAGCGAAUGGGUUAAAGGGUGAGUUGUCCUGAUGUAUUGUAUCAUAAUGUAAAAAUAUGUUUACACACUAGAAUGCUAAAAACUGAUAUACUGUAUACACUUGACGUCACUUUUGUGCAAAAAUGUACAUGUAAUCGCUAUAUUAAAGGGAAACAUUUGUCUAUGGAGUCUGAGAUUGAUCUAGGAUUGCUUGAAUAUGUCUGAUGCAGACAGCUUUCGAUCGUGACACAGAACUUUACAACUGGGAAAUAAAAUGAACUGUCUCACUUAUAACAAAGUAAUUGAAUGAAAAAUGUUUGUGAUAAAAAGUUGCAGUCUGCAAUCAAAAGAAAAGCUGUGAAAAUCAUUUCUCUUACUUGGCUGUCGAUGGGGUCUGGCAUCUCUUGAUUCUGCGUUUUUUUUUUCUUCGGUCGAUUUACAUCCAGUUUGUAAUUAAAAAUAAUUUUUCGUUAAUGCUUUUAAACAUUAAAAUCGUCAGAAAUGUUAAUAGACCUAUUCGGCUAACUCAAUGUUGUACCCAAUUCAAAUCUCCUGGGGUUAAGAUUCAUUGUGUAUUGUAUUUGCAUCAUAAUGUGGCAUUCUCAUUUAAAUGUAUGGAAAUUCCGGAAACAAAAAGUUUUAUUCCCAGAGGGUUUGAAUUGGGUACAACAUUGAGUUAGCCGAAUAGGUCUAUUGGAAAGUAAAGAAUUACAAGUGUGUCUAUGUGCCAUUAAUUAAUUUUUUUUUAGUUUCUUUUUACCGCAAAACUUAAUUAUCUAUAACAGGUAAUUUACAGAAAGUAAUAUAUCCUAAAUGUGUUUCAUAUUUCAGGUGUUUUAACAGCUGCAUAUGAUACUCAACUCGAGUGGCUCAUUGUUAAAGGGAUAGCUGAUUUUGCGGAUGGUGAGCAAGUGAAUGCAGAAAGUUGGGAAGCCUGUGCUAGUGUGAUGGCAGCAUCUCUUGUCUCACACAUAUUAAGUGAUCCUGGUGUUUUCCGCACUUGGCCUCAUUACCUAGGUAUAAAUUCUUGUUAUUCUACACUGGAUUAUGAAAAAGCGUAGGGUUAACAGGCUGAAUUUGCUGGCUUCAGUAAAAGGACUGCAUGAAUGCUGCUAGUAGGACAGUGAAGAAUCUCAGAUCCUGAGAUCAAAAGGCACAUUCAUCAUUUUUCUUUAUCUUUAUUUUUAUCUUUAAUUAGUUAAUUGCCAAUGGCAUAGGUUAAUCGUGGUUGUUGGUGGCCAUAAUUAGGCGGUAGGUGAUGGCCUUUAACACAGGCAAAGACGGGGCGUUAAUAAAAGCAAACGGAAACUGUUCCACACACUCAGGUAUACAACGGGGAAAAAACGAGUACUUAGGCAUCAACAAAAACGGGUCAGAGGUUGUAUAUCAUAUUAUGGGAUUACCUGGUGUAGGAGGUAUUAAAAAUUAAUUCUGUAGGGUAUCCAAGCGGCGUUACCUCAACAUUCAAGACAUUCAAGAUUCAGUCGCUCUCACCUCUUAGUCUACACAAAAACGGUGAUCGUCGGGGUACAUGUUUCUGGUCAAAAAUUGAGGGUCUUUUUCUUAGCUAUAAAUUGCAUCAUCACCAAUAAGUACGUCACAAAAUGCUAAUGAUGUCUUUACCUGGAUCUUUCAGUGAAUGAUGAUCUCUUAGGGGCUCAAUGCGAAAGCGGUAGAAAGCGGAAGCUAGCUGGGCACCAUGCAGGUAAUAUGUAAACUGAAAAUGUGUUUUCUUUAUAACGCUGACUCACUUUUCUUGCUCUGCUGUUUGCUCCACUUUCAUUUUAGAAUGCAUAAGGUAACCCGGUUUCGAAAAUUCGGGAACUUUAAAUUUUUGCUAGUGGAAUCAGGAAUUCUGGGCUUUGGAAUCUGGAAUCAACUGUAGGAAUCAGGAAUCCCGCUACAGCAAUUGGAAUCCGGAAUCACAGUGUGCACUCCAGAAUCUAAGGCUCUCUUGGUUUACUUUACAGGGGGCGAAAUGAACAAAAAAUCAAUCGCGAGACACGUGUAGCGCCGCAAAUGUGUAACAAAGCUGACUUUAAGUGACUGACACUGUCAAACGCGAAGUUAUGACCGAAUUACAAAGGAUUUAAAGCUACCAACAUAGCCCAGUGGUCUUGGGGUAGGCAUGAGGCCUUGAAAUACGACAAAGUAAGUGAAAAACAUGUAUGUGAAGUGGCCCGCAUCUCAACCAACGAUUUUCUUCACCAGGUGCUUUGUGUGAUGAUCAGCGCUCAACACAAACGAAAAGAGGAAUGUUUUCUGGGCACAUAUCUCAGGAAACUGACUCCACAACCCAGCAGCAUCUUGCAGGUAUCACUCUCUAACAACGCAUUGAAUAGUGACACUUAAAGAAUCUAUGGCCAGAUUAUUGUUGACAUCAUGACUAUAGUACAGCUUUCGAAGUGACCAACUCUAAUACCCCUAAAUUGCUCAAAACUGUGCCGCGUGGUUAAGUUUUCUUAUUUAAUAACGCCUCGUGUUAUCUCGGGAAAAAUAUAGCCUGAGAAAACAGCCGACGUUUCGCGACGCCGCCACCAAAUGACGUCUGAGAAACAAGGACAGAAGUUUCAUACAGAUGACGUCACUACCCUGGGUUGUGACACGUCAUCAUCAGUGUGGAAUUUCUGCGCUCGUUUCUCAGACGUCAUUUGAUGGGGAAACCAGUGGUGGCCUCGCGAAGCGUCGGCUGUUUUCUUAGGCUAGGGAAAACUACAGACUGCUGAUCAGCGUUUUCUUUUUUGCGUUUUUGAUUGAUGCAGUCUCUCAUAAAAAUGAUGGAGAAAACGAAGACUGAUACUAGGGAGGGACUAACUGCGCGUGUCGUCCGCGUGCCGAGCGAUAACAAGCCAUUUCAACAUGACGACAAUCGUUCCGCGGUUUUUUUAGGCUUGUUUAGGCACUCUAACACCAUUUGAGUUCUUUGUUCUGGAUUGAACCUUUUUCAGCCAUAUUUCACUUACCUUUCCAUGCCGUGUACUGGAAUCUACGUCGAGUGGGACAGAAUGUUAGUAAAACUUAGUUCCUUUUCAUAAUCGCGCUUUGGAUUCUUGUAUCGGAAUUCGGUCCAUUAAGUUGUUUCCAUGGUAACAAUUUUUUUUCCAUGUGUGGUUGAACUCAGGUCAAUUUCAAUUUCUUUAGUCUUGGCCGACCUUUAAUCACCUGCACACACCAAGUUCGUGCAAAUUAAUACUUCAAGACUUAAAGUGGCUCCGUUAUCAACGCAGGCGCAUUGAGCUACAAGGAACUUUUUGUCAUAACGUGUGUUUUCAACGCGAUGGCUACGAAACUUUGCAAAUAACAACAAAUAUCAUUCGGCAAUAAUAUGAAGUAUUCCGAUUUUACUGAUGGUAAAUGUUUUUUUGCAAAAUUAGCGCUCAAAUGGAGCCCAAAAAGAAAAUCGCGUCUAGUAGAAAUUUUUGCUGAUAUUUAUAUAUUUUUUACUGAAGUUUCAGGUAUCAGUUUUUAUUGAGAUAAUAGAUAUCCUGGAAAUUUUCAGAGAAAUCGUUGGAGCAGAAGUCUGGAGAGGUUCAAAAUUCAGUUGUGAAAUUGUUUUGGAAUUUUGAAAACGAAUUGCUCUAAGGCGGAACGAGCCACCAGUUCCAAUUUUCGACUCCAGAGCUCACGCUUUUGACUCCCGCGUUAGCCCUUGGAAACCAGAGAAGCUAAACAACCCUCACAGCGCAUGCUCCUCUUUACAAAACCAAAUGUUUGCAUCAAAGAUAACCGCGCUGUGCUCCUUCUUUUCAUAAAAGCGGAAGACAGGACGUUUAUAGCUAAUUUUCAAGUGUGGUGAACUUCUCCACGAAGUGGUAAGCGUAACCCAAAUUUUUAACGGCAGAUGUAUAGUUAUCGUUUCAAUUAAAUUACCAAUUUAGUGUCGCUUAAGACUUUCAUUAAUUUGUUUAUUUCUUGCGCAAUUUCGACAUGUAGUUAAUUUUUUUCAUUUAUUUUCAUUAAUACUGUAACUACGAAAUGUGAUAUCUUGAGAAAAUAGUCCUAGUUCUUUGCUAUGCUUCUCACUUGAAACACGCAUCACUUUAUUAAGUCUGGUUCCUGGUGUGGUCAAUUUUCCAGUACGGACCAUAGCUGAUAUCUUUUAUUAGAGAUUGAGGGAUUAUCAGAGAAUGCUGUUAUUCUGCUUAAGUAGACGCGCAGAUGCGGCAUAUUGGAUUCGCUAAAACCGAAAAUCGGCUGGGCUUGUUGAUUUUAUCUUUUCCAGUCCUUUGCUCAGGCUCGCGCUCGCAUGCUCAACACGCCGCACAUUCACCUCUCGGGCGACCUUAAAUGGACUAAUCAAAAAUGCUUUCAUUGUUUUAACUCAACACAAUUAUAGAAAAUCUUGUCUAGGGUUCCCAAGUACUCUUCUCUUCCUGGCGGUUAUGUGUAGAAGAGCUCUGGGGCAGAGAUUGAGUGCCACUGUGGAAAGACUGACAUGCGUCUAAAAGGUUGCGUGCGGUGCUCGCGAGAACUCACGCGUAUCAUGCCCUUAGCGGCAGCCUUUGAUAAAGCGAAAGAAACGGACUAUUUUGCAGUCUAGGAAGAAAAUAAUGCACCAACAAGUAACUGAGAAUCAUUGCAAGUGUUCUUUGCAAAUUCGUCUAUAACUAAUUGGUUGUACACAUAUUACAAAAGCAUACCGUAUCGUAUACUGUAUGAAGUGGAACCUUGAUAUGAGGAAGGGCCAAGCCAGGGAUCUUAAGGGGCCGGCGAAAUAUGUUCCCUACAACGAAGUUUUUUUCGAGGUUCUUUUCUAUGUAUUCUACUACUACUGGAGUCAGGUGAAGAAUAUCGUUCUUUAUACCGAGCUAGGACGUCGUUAUGUGUAGGCGGUUUUUUAUAUCAUCAUUCCACUAAACCAUACUAGAUUUGUGCCCCUGUUUAAAAAAAAGCCAAAUCGAUCUUAUCUGGACUAUUUUGUCUUCGUAGGGUUGCCCGCUUACAUCACAGAAAGGAUUCGUCAGCUUUACCAAGUCCGUGAAGGGCAGCUUAAACCAUUCACUUGGUGUGAUUAUCCUAAUUUCAACCUCAAUGAUAUUUUUACCCGAUUGAAAAUCCGGAACAGAGAAAAAACACGAGGAACACUGACCGACGAUGAAAUCACCAACAUGACCGCCAUCUUUAGGCCGCAUCCGAAGUGUCAGAAGCCACGGAUUGUUUUGAUAGAAGGGGAUCCUGGCAUGGGAAAAACCACCUACUCGCAAAAACUGGCGUAUGACUGGGCAAACAAACAAGAUGAAUGGGACGAGUCUUUUCCAGAGAUUGAAGUGCUGCUCUUGCUUCGAUGCAACGAUAUUAAAACCAGCAUUGAGGAAGCUAUUGAUGAUCAAAUUCUUCCUCGUGAUAUCGACAGAGAGGCUAAGGAGACUUUCUUCAAAUACAUCAAGGAAAACGAGUCCAAAGUUCUGCUUCUACUUGAUGGCUUAGAUGAGGCAGACUCCUGUAAACAAGAGAUGUUCCUAUCACUUGUUCAGAGUAAACUCUUCCCAUCUUGCCACAUUGUCAUUACUUCGCGUCAUGAGGACGGAAAGGAAAUAAGGCCAUACUGUGACACACUGUGGGAGAUUGUAGGAUUUGCUAAAGAGGAUUCCAAAAGCUUUAUCAGAAAAUAUUUUCAAGUCAAGGAUCACUUAGCUGAGAAGUUGAUUCAAGAUCAUUUUAAUGAUUGGUGUGACAACCCAUCUGAAUACAGCCUCGCCGAGUUGACGAAAAAUCCGCUUAACAUGACUUUAAUCUGUUGUCUUUUCGAAGAUUCCGAAGCCGUUUUUCAUUUAAGUAGAACCCUAUUAUACAUUGAAAUCGUCCUCCUUGUUUUAAGAAGAUAUGAAAAAAAGAAUGGACUUACAAGCAAUGAAGACUUGAUUUUAGUUUAUGAGAAAGAACUUUUGCUUCUGGGCAGCUUCGCGUUUAAUUCCCUCCGUGAGGGGAAGUUCUACUUUGAAAUACAGAGAGAUAUGGUCAAGUCUAUCAAUAAUCUUGAAUUCUUGUCUUUGCAACAAGGCGGCACUACGAGCAAACCUUGCACGCGCUGUGCAUUUUCACACAAAAGCUUUCAGGAGUUUUUUGCUGGUUUUUAUCUUGCGUUUCAGAUUAUCCAUGGACAAAUUGUUUUUACCGACGUUUUAACCGAUGAAAGAUAUUUCAAAGAACUAAGAUUGGUUUUUUUGUUCAUGUGUGGAAUCAUAGCUUCAAAAAACGAGGAAACUGGAAAUUCCCUCCUUAUUGGUAUGGCUGAGCAUAUCAGUGGUCUUCUCCGUACAUCCGAUCAAAAGGUGAAAUCAUGUAUGGCGUUGGCUUGUGAUAGUUUAUUUGAACACUAUUUAAGCCUUAGAAAAAAGCAUUGGAAUGAAGAGAAACGGCUAACUUGCUCAGAGAGUACUUUCGGUAUGCACCUUGAUAUGUCUUCCUUGACUAGAGUGGAUUUGUCUUCCACUGACAUAAAGGAUGCUGGUGCUGCUGCGAUUUCCGUGGUCCUUGAAAGCAACUCCUCCCUAACUUAUUUGGAUUUGAGUUCCAACCAGAUUUAUUCCGACGGAGCUUUUUGUCUUUCCAAGGCCCUCACAAAAAACUCCAUCCUGACUCAUUUGGAUUUGAGUGGCAACCAGAUUGGUGACGAUGGUGCUUCUUCUCUUUCCACGGCCCUCAAUAAAAACUCCUCCGCCCUGAUUUCCUUGAAAUUGAGUGGUAACAUGAUUAAAGAGGCUGGUGCUUCUUCUCUUUCCACGGCCCUCACAAAAAACUCCAUCCUGACUCAUUUGGAUUUGAGUGACAACUGGAUUGGUGUCGAUGGUGCUUCUUCUCUUUCCACGGCCCUCAAUAAAAACUCCUCCGCCCUGAUUUCCUUGAAAUUGAGUGGUAACAUCAUUAAAGAGGCUGGUGCUUCUUCUCUUUCCACGGCCCUCACAGCAAACUCCAUCCUGACUCAUUUGGAUUUGAGUAACAACUUGAUUCGUGACGAUGGCGCUUCUUCUCUCUCCACUGCCCUCACAGCAAACUCCAUCCUGACUCAUUUGGAUUUGAGUAACAACGGGAUUGGUGAUAAUGGUGCUUCUUCUCUUUCCACGGCCCUCACAACAAACUCCAGCCUGACUCAUUUGGUUUUGAGUAACAACUUUAUUUAUGACGAUGGCGCUUCUUCUCUUUCCACGGCCCUCACAGCAAACUCCAGCCUGACUCAUUUGGAUUUGAGUAACAACUUUAUUCAUGACCAUGGCGCUUCUUCUCUUUCCACGGCCCUCAAUAAAAACUCCUCCGCCCUGAUUUCCUUGAAAUUGAGUGGUAACAUCAUUAAAGAGGCUGGUGCUUCUUCUCUUUCCACGGCCCUCACAGCAAACUCCAUCCUGACUCAUUUGGAUUUGAGUAACAACUUGAUUCGUGACGAUGGCGCUUCUUCUCUCUCCACUGCCCUCACAGCAAACUCCAUCCUGACUCAUUUGGAUUUGAGUAACAACGGGAUUGGUGAAAAUGGUGCUUCUUCUCUUUCCACGGCCCUCACAACAAACUCCAGCCUGACUCAUUUGGUUUUGAGUAACAACUUUAUUUAUGACGAUGGCGCUUCUUCUCUUUCCACGGCCCUCACAGCAAACUCCAGCCUGACUCAUUUGGAUUUGAGUAACAACUUUAUUCAUGACCAUGGCGCUUCUUCUCUUUCCACGGCCCUCAAUAAAAACUCCUCCGCCCUGAUUUUCUUGAAAUUGGGCAAACAAUAUUAGUAACGCUGGUGCUUCUUCUCUCUUCAAGGUGCUCCAAGCAAACCUUUUCCUGAAAAUUUGGAUUUGAGUUACAACAGG